CCAUGAGGCACGUACAACUUGACUUGAUGUAGCACUGAAGCACGCAAGACAUAAAUCCUUCCCGUUGGUACCAGGACACAGAUAACUCCGGGGUCCCAGUGUUCGUCUUCCAGGUUCACCUUUCUCGUUGUCAAAGCUUUUCCCUCUUAAUUCUCCGCGUUCAUCCUCCACAGAUCCUACUCUUCGGUUCCGGCGCAAUUUAUCCACCUCACCCCAGCAAUCGUUUGAGAUCAGUGAAUGGCAAAGGAUUUGCUUCCCAUCCUUGACCACUAGAUUUGAGCACUGCCCUACAAGAUCGCCAAGAUGGUCCAACUGGACAACUUCAGCACGGAGCAAAAACAACAGUACAUCCUCGCCACCGUGGUCAUCGGCCUGAUCCUGUCAACUGGGUCACACGUAGCGAGAAUAUACGCGCGGCUAAAGAUCAUAAAGGAGUUACGAAGGGAAGACUGGUGUAUGACGGGUGGUCUAAUACUGAGCUAUGGAACAGUGGCAUGUUUGCUCUACGGUUUACCCAACCAAGGCGUCCCAAUCCCUGUCCUCGGGAAAGAACGCUUCAAAGAAUUCCUCCUCAUGAUCUGGAUCAUCCAGAAACUCCAACCCCCAACCCUCUUCCUCAUCAAACUCUCCUUCAUCAUCUUCCACAUGACAAUCUUCCAAGGCGCCACCUUCCGGCGCAUCUCCUGGAUCGUCGCCAUCCUCACAGCCUGCUGGGCAGUCGCCAAUGUUUUGGGCACAACCCUCCAGUGCAAACCCCCUUCCUUCUUCUGGGAUAAGGACCAAACCGGCUCCUGCCUCCAAGACCCAGUCCACAGGAUGGGUGUCCCCAACGCAAUCAUCAGCUCGCUAGGGGACGUCAUCAUUUUCGUGAUGCCCAUUCCGCCGUUGAUGAAACUUCGGGUGCCGAGGAGGACAAAAAUCGGCUUAGUGGGGGUCUUUAGUCUCGGUAUUUUCGUCCUCGUAGCCAGCUUCUUCCGCUGGAUAGCCCUCAUCGGCUCCGACAGGGACAUCUUCAACUCGUCCCAGGUCCAAACCGGCGUGUGGACCUACCUCGAAAUGUCGGUCGGCAUCACCUGCGGGAAUCUCCCCUUCUUAGCUCCUCUGCUGGGGUGUGUCGGGCCGACGAGGAAGUCGCAUAUGCCUGCUUUGUCGACGAGGGAAGAAUACUAUGCUAGGAAUCUCAAGGUUGAUCCACUUGCUAGUGGGACGUCGCAGAAUACCGCCAGUACUAUCACCAGAGGGCAGAAGCCGCUGCCGAUGGUGCCGGGUCAGCACCGACAGAAGAGGGAGGGGUUCACGAGGUUGUAUGAUAGGGGCGGACAGGGGAUGGAUGGGAGCUUGAGGACGCUGCCGAGUGAGUUUGAUAUGGAGAUGCAGGCUAUUGAUGCGAUGGGGUUGGAGAGGGAGUCUGGGGAGGAGUUGGUGGGUGAUAGGCAGGGGGAGAGGGGGAGGGGGAAGGGGGAUGGGGGGUUUUCUUGA